AAACCCACAGUCGCGUCUCACUUCUAAUCUCAAUAACACAAUCACAAUGAAUCUACCCAAAGGCACCAUCGUCUUCACCACAGUCGGCCGUCAAUCCUACGGCUUCGACGUUUACGCCGUCAAACUACCCUCCGAUAUCUCCACUUUAUCCAACUCCGACGAAGUCCGUCUCACCGACGGCAUAUCCCUCAACUUCAACGCCCAAUUCGCCGACGACAAUCUCUCCGUCGUUUACAUCUCCGAACGAUCUUGCUUCCCUGCUAUUUACCUAUCCAAACCCGGUGAAGAACCCCAGCAGCUUCCAACUCCGCCGGAAAGCCUCUUUCACGACCGUCCGAUCUUCAAGAACAACCGUGUCUACUACAUCUCUGCUCAUGAGAAGCAAGAUAAGCUUGUCAAGAGCUGGAACGCUCUCUACGCUACAGAUCUGAACGAUGGGAAAAUUACUCGUUUAACCCCGUAUGGCGUCGUUGAUUAUAGUCCAGCUAUUUCUCGCAGCGGCAAGUUUUUCGCCGUUGCUUCUUAUGGAUCUCGCAUCUGGGAUGUUAAAUUUCAGGAUCUUACUACGGAUAUUGUUGUGUUCGAAGAAGCCCACCCGGAGAAACGGGUUGUUGUCUGUGAACUGGGUGGUUGGCCGUCUUGGUCCGGUGAUUCUACCGUUUAUUUCCAUCGGAAGGCUGAGGAUGGGUUUUGGAGCAUUUUUCAGGUUAAAUUACCGGAGAAUUUGGAUGAUCUGUCCCAGUUUCCGUGUACUCCGGUUCGGAUUACUCCACCGGGUGUCAACUGUUUAACUCCUGCUGCUAUGCACGAUGGUAAACGAAUCGUCGUCGCCACUAGACGGCCUGGGUCGGUUUACAGACAUAUCGAAAUAUUCGAUCUUGAUUCGAACACUUUUCACCCGGUUAGUUUGCCAGUCAACCCAAAUUUCCAGCAUUUCAACCCGUUUGUUUCUGACGACUCGUCCUUUAUUGGGUACCACCGGUUUAGAGGCGAAGAAGCUUCAGGAGAAACCACGAUUCCAAAUCUCGAACCGGUUAAAUCUCCGGUGGAGAAUAUUAGUUUGCUGAGACUCCACGGUUCAUUCGCCUCGUUUUCUCCAGAUGGUAAUUACAUAGCCUUUAAUGCCGGUUUAAGUCAAGGCUUACACAUCGUUACAUCAGACGGUUCAAAGCGAUGGACUUUACUCCCCAGAAGCCGUACAGCUUUCUACACUUCAUGGAGUCCGACAGAGAAUAACGUUAUCUAUACUACUCUGGGUCCUGUCUUUGCACCGGUUGAUCGAACGGUGCAGAUUGCUCGUGUCUCCUUUGAUUUGUCCCAUCUCACGCCUGAUCGAACCGAAAUCCCAUGUGAUGUUAAGAUGCUGACAAGAGAAGAGUCAGGUAACAAUGCUUUCCCGGCUUGUUCACUUGACGGUAAGUCUAUCGUGUUCCGGUCAGGCCGGAACGGUCAUAAGAAUCUAUACAUAAUGGACGCCGUUGAGGGCGAGUUUAACGGUAGUAUCCGUCAAAUAACGGAGGGAGCAUGUAGUGAUACUAUGCCUUGCUGGUCACCUAAAGGAGACUUGAUAGCCUUCACUUCGAAUAGGCAUAAACCGGAUCAUUCUAAUCCGUUUAGUAUGUAUUUGGUGAAACCGGACGGUUCUGAUUUGAAGAGAGUUCACUUGGAAGGAUCAGAAUUGCUGAGUGAUUCGGAGAGGGAGUGGAUGGAGAGAACAACCCACCCGGGUUUUACUGACAAUGGAGAGUGGCUUUUGUUCGCGUCCAACUUAGGCGGGUUAAGUGCUGAGCCAGUGGCGGUUCCACGUCAAAUCCAGCCGUAUGGAGAUGUGUUUAUGUGCAGGUUGGAUGGGAGUGAACUGACGAGGCUGACGUGGAACGGUUAUGAGAAUGGUACGCCGGCGUGGCAUCCAGGGAAUGAGCUGCUUCGUCGAGCAGGGGAGAGGCUGAUGGGACCGGAGAAGAGGGUGCUGCAAUUGCGCUCAGCAAACAAGCCGCAGCUGCAAAGCAGGAUGAUUAUGCUUGCAGCAAAUGUUGGUGCUAGUGAUAUACAUGAUGCGGAUGAAAUUCUGGAUGAGGAGAAACGCACCGGGGAGUUCAAUGAUUUAACAUGGCUAAACGUUACUGAGUAGUGAUGCAGUUCAUUUGCUGUUUGUGUUUGUAAUUUGUUUUGUUCGUUGUGUGGACUGGAAUAUUUAUUAUUUAUGCAGCACUGUUUGAUUUUGAACAAUAGUUGGAAAUAAAAAAGAUAUUUGAUUAA